CUCCUUUGUAGAACUCCGUUCUUCGUCUUGUCCGAAAGGGGAAAAAAGUCGAGUGUUAUGAUUUGGGACAAGCACUUUAUCUUAUUUUUUCUACACUCGUCUUAUUGAACAUUGCGGGUCCCCCUAAUCUACGGCUGUAAAAACACAUCUGCCUACAUGCUGAUUGUUGAUUAGGAAAUUUAAGAAUGUUAUAUUAUGAUGAUCGGCUGUGAUUACACAAUUAAGGGUAAUAAAUAGUAAAGAGCAAGAGUGAAACGGUGAGUUUAGAAGUGAGUUUUUUAUUAGGUUUUGUGGAGCUGGAGAAGUGUACAUGCAAACUGUGAGCUUCGACCAACUCCGAGAGGAAAAGCAGAAACAAAUCCACAAGCAAAAAGCAUAAGCAAUUAUUAUCCCAAAUUCACUACCAUGACUGACCAUGUGCAGGAGCAGGAGAUGGAAAUUGAAGCGCUGGAAGCAAUACUUAUGGAUGAAUUCAAAGAAAUUCACUCUGGUGAGAGUGGGCUAAGCACUUCGAAUAGGUGCUUCCAAAUAACAUUAUCUCCUCAGGAUGAUGACACAGAUCAGUCAACCAGCACACCAGUUCAGCUGGCUUUGGUUUUCUCACAUACAGAAAAAUAUCCUGAUGAGUCUCCACUUCUGAAUGUAAAAAGUAUACGGGGAAUACAAACCAAUGACCUUAAAGUUUUGAAGGAAAAGCUGGAACAGGAGGCAUCUGAAAAUCUUGGUAUGGCUAUGAUUUACACUUUGGUUACAUCAGCCAAGGAAUGGCUAUCUGAAAGAUAUGGCCAAGAUGCUGAUGCUAACAAUGCUGAGGAAGAAGAGGCAACAAAAGAUGAGGUAAUUGUACCACACGGAGAACCUGUUACUGUUGAUACAUUUUUGGCAUGGAGAGAAAGGUUUGAGGCAGAGUUGGCACUAGAGCGAGCCAAGCUAAUGCCAGAGUCUGCUUUUAUGGCAACCAAAGAGAAGAAGCUCACAGGCAGGCAGUGGUUUGAAAGUGGAAGAGCUACUGCGAAAGGUGCAGCUCCAGUCAGUGAAGAAUCUGAUGUGGAAGACGAGGAAGAUAUUGAUUUUGAUGAUGAUGAUUUUGAAGAUGAUGAAGAAGAUAUGCUUGAGCACUAUCUGGCUGAGAAGUCUGAUUCAUCCUCCCACUCUUCAAAGAGAACUGCUUAAAAGAAAUUCUCGUGAUUUGACAUUUAAAUAUUUUUGAUGCAGCAUCUCCAGGUACUGGAAGUUUAACAUUUCUCCCAAUAUUCAUUUACUAUGUAUUUUGGCACACUUUAUCUCUGGACACUUGAGAGCAAGUGGGAGCCAUGGUUUCAUGUUUAGAAACGUCCUCGCAUUUAAGUAUGGCAGCAAGGAUGGAACUGAUUGAAGGAAAAUAACUUCUUUUGUAACAUUGAGUUUUUGUUUUAAAGCACCAUCUCUAAUGUAAAAUUCGCCAAAUUUUGCCUAGUAUUCAAAGAUCAAAACAAUUUUCAUGCCUUUUAGUGGUCAUGAACUUGUAUUUUUCUGUGGUAUUUUAAGCCAUAAGGUAUUAAGUUGCAUCUUUGAUUUUUGUUCAGCAAACUAUAUG